GGCUGCUCCGCACCUGGCGCUGUGGGCGUACCGGGAGCGGCCCCGAAGGGGGUGGCCGCGCGGGCUGGUCUGGAGCAUCGCUAUUCCCGGGCGCCGUACCCUGCGGAGCCUCGCAGUGUUACUCCGGGAGCCGCCGUAUCGUCGGGCAGCUCUUCCCUGGUGGUAUUUCAAAGCUUAGAUGAAGGAUGUUGAAGAGACUGUCUCAAAUAAAGAUCUUGAAAGGCUGCAGGGACUUCUUUGCUAUUGAGAGCUAAAGCAUGACUGCCAUCCAGGAAGUGAGUGGAUUUUUCCUUCCAUUUCCCUGAAAACGUUGCCAAAUUCCUGAAAAACAGAAUUUUUUUCUGAGGUUGUUGAAGCUCAUAUGAACAGAGAAGAGGACAUUUUCUUUUAGCCCUGCAAAGCUAUCUGGUUUUUGAAAUGCUGAAGAGGAAAUUACGGUUUUGCUACAACUCACGCUUCAGGCUUUUCUUGGGUCUAACUCUCAUUCUAGUAAUAAUUUCGGUUUUGAAAGUUAACCAGAAAGAAGACUUCCUAAAUCGGAAACAUCUGGAGCUAACAAAAGAAGAUCCUGUUAGCAAUGUUAACUGCACCAAGAUUAUUGAGGGGGAUAUAGAAGAAAUACAAAAGGUACAGCUUGAGGCAUUAUCAGUGUCAUUUAAGAAACGCCCCAGACUAACAACAGACGAUUAUAUUAACAUGACUGCAGACUGUGCCUCCUUCACCAAGACUAGGAAAUACAUUAUGGAACCUCUCAGUAAUGAAGAAGCAGAAUUUCCAAUUGCUUACUCAAUAGUGGUUUAUCACAAAAUUGAGAUGCUUGAUAGACUUCUAAGGUCAAUCUAUGCUCCACAGAAUUUUUACUGCAUUCAUGUAGACAAAAAGUCUCCAGAAUCCUUUUUUGCUGCUGUGAAGGGAAUAGUCUCAUGUUUUGAUAAUGUCUUUAUUUCCAGCCAGUUAGAGAGUGUGGUAUAUGCUUCAUGGAGCAGAGUGCAGGCAGACAUUAACUGCAUGAAAGAUCUCCACAGGAGAAGUUCAACCUGGAAAUACCUAAUAAACCUAUGUGGUAUGGACUUUCCUAUAAAGACCAACAAGGAAAUAGUAGAGAAAUUAAAAGCCCUUAAGGGUGAAAACAGCUUGGAAACAGAAAAAAUGCCUGUUUAUAAAGAAGUAAGGUGGAAGAAGCACCAUGAGAUUAUUGACGGUAAAAUAAAGAACACAGGCAUAGACAAACAACUACCACCUCUCAGUACUCCAGUUUUUUCUGGCAGUGCCUAUUUUGUAGUUAGCAGGAGCUUUGUAGAAUAUGUACUAGAAAACAGCAAAAUACUUAAGUUCAUUGAGUGGGCGAAAGAUACUUACAGCCCAGAUGAGUACCUGUGGGCAACAAUUCAGAGAAUCCCUGAAGUCCCAGGUGCGUUUUCUUCCAGUGACAAGUACGACGUUUCUGACAUGAAUGCCCUGGCCAGGUUUGUCAAAUGGCAGUACUUUGAAGGUGAUGUGUCCAAAGGUGCACCCUACCCACCGUGCAGUGGAGUUCACAUUCGCUCUGUCUGUGUUUUUGGAGCAGGAGACUUGAACUGGAUGCUACGAAACCACCACUUAUUUGCUAAUAAGUUUGACACUGAUGUCGACCCUUUUGCAGUGAAAUGCUUGGAAGAGUAUUUGCGACACAAAGCUCUGUAUCUGCCAAAGAACUGAAAUGUGUGCUCCUGUUAGGAAACAUAAGUACAGAUAUUCUACUGCAAUGUACUUUAUCGUGUUACAGCAGUCAUGAUGAUGCUGAUAAUGGGUAUAAUGACUCUCACCAUGUUGGUGUGGUGCUGCUCCUGCCCUGCCCCGUAUAUGGACGAGAGGGAGAAAACAUGUCUUGAGUAUGCCUUGUGCACACUGAAGUUUGGAGCCUUAGGUACAACAUCAGACAGCAGGAAAGCCAACUGUUUGGAAUAUGUAUUAUCUAGAAGGUAUAAUUAAUGGACUUUCUUUGGCUAAACUGUUCUAAGGCAUAGAAAAUGCAUGUUGUUCAUAGUUAUUCUCAAUUUUUUUUUUCCCCAUGAAUGUAAUGAUAACUGGAAAGAGAAAGAUGAAGGGGUGGGGUACAAAGCAGCUGGACUGCACUUCAUACUGAAUACUAAAAGGUCUCAGGAAUAUAACAUUAGAAGUUAUCUAAAAGCUAUGCAAAAGGGGAUAUGCAAAGCCAGCUGUUACCAUUUUACUUAGAUCUGUUUGCUGCAGUUCUGUUACAUGUAAUUCUUAAUCCUCCUGAAAAUUUUGUCUUCAGCAUGGAGUAUUAAAGAAUUCAAAUCUUUUGUAUUCUUAAAGCACCCUGAUAUUGUGAUAUAAAGUUAAUACACUAGUUUGUAAUUACAUCUUCUCAGGGAAACUUCAGUUUUGUGCCUAAUGAGAUUUAGAAUUGUAUCUUUACAUUUCUUACUGUAUGGGGAGUUUUGCUUUUGUAUCCAAAAUCGAUGAAGUUUCUCAAAAGAAAGAACUGCAGCAGCUUCUAAAUAUUACUGAUGGAACUGCUGGUUUCUGCUUUCUGUCACACUCAGCUUGCAUUCCAGAUUAUUUUAAUACUAAGUCCAGAAAAAAUAAAAUUAUUUUUUUAAAGGA